AUGACAAAAGAUAUCAGAACGGGCGAUUUAGUGUUAUGCAAAGUUGGCUCGUUUCCACCUUGGCCAGCUGUAGUAUUUCCACAACGAUUGCUUCGAAACGAUGUAUAUAGAAAGAGAAAAUCCAAUUGUGUUGCUGUUUGUUUUUUCAACGAUCCAACUUAUUACUGGGAGCAACCAAGCAGACUAAAAAAUCUGGACCAGGAUACCAUUCGAAAUUUUAUUUCAGAACAUGGUAAGAAUGCAAAUCAAAGGGAACUUGUUAAUGCAUACAAGGAAGCGAAAAUUUUUGAUGAUUUCAACGUAUUUUUGCAAGAAAAAUUUGAGGAAGAAAACAGAUUAAAGGAUUUGAAGGCAUUUGAGAGGAGUGAAGGUUGUAAAAUCGUUGCUGGAGAAGAUCCCUUUAUAGGUCGAACAAAAGUAGUAAAUAAGAAAAAGAAAGCUUCUACACCUCUUGAAGAUGGUCCAGCCGAUGCUUCACUGUCUAACGAGGAAGAAAAGAAACCGAACAUCAAAGCGGCCAAAAAAAAGAGACCUACGGCUAAUUCAGAAGUGAAAUUAAACACUGUUAAUAAGAAGAAAGUUAAACUAGACUAUUCCAGAAGAAUAGAGAUUUCGCAACUAUUUCGCCGUAGAAUUCAAAGAAACCUAAUUCAAAGGGAAACACCUCCAACUGAGGAUGAUAUCAAAGAAACACAUGAAUUGUUGAAUAGAAUUUAUGAGAACACUGAUAUCAAGAAAACUUUUUUUGAUUUAGAUGCCCUCCGUGAGAGUAAGUUACACAAGCUACUGAAAGCAAUUGUUAAUGAUCCUAACUUAGGAGAAUUUCACCCACUUUGUAAAGAAAUCUUGUUAUCCUGGGCAGACCUAAUCUCGGAGCUGAAAAAAGAAAAAUCCCAAAAACUACCCACACCCUGA